AUGGAGUCCAAUAUCAACUUGGACCAAUUUGAGUCUGAAUUCUACAACAAUUUUACAACCAAAUCUACACAGCCCAAAGAUGGAUUCUCAACUUUAGGUGCCACCCCAACUAACUACAACGAGAAUAAUGAGUUUGCCAUCACACCCGAUUCACAACAUAACCAAAAUGGCAAUGAUGCGGAUGUAGACAAUAACGGCCGUAUAGAGCUACUAUCGCACAAUUUCACUGCAAAGGAUUUGACUGAGAAUUAUAAUCAAGUAUACCCACAAAUUAAUGGAACAAGUGGUGCAAAUGGUGCAAAUGGUGCAAAUGCAAUCAAUGCUACUGAUGUCGCAGGCGUUGACGGAUUUGCUGAUGAGAACCCAUUCAACUCCCACUUGGAUGCGACAGCUUUCAAUACGGGUUCCUUGGAUUAUGGGUUAAAUCCAAACUAUAUCCAACAGCAAUCACAAGAUAAUAUAAAUAAUGGUCAGAUAGACAACUCCAGCUUGCAGCAAUUUGCUCUGUUGCAACAAGAACUACCAACUUUUCAAACACAAUCACAACUGAUGCAAAAAUUUGCUAUGAAUGAUGCAGCUGUUGGACUUGAUUUUGCUGAUAAUAAUAACACCAACACCAACACCAACACCAACACCAACACCAACACCAACACCAACACCAACACCAACACCAACACCAACACCAACACCAACACCAACACCAACACCAACACCAACACCAACACCAACACCAACACCAACACCAACACCAACACCAACACCAUUAACAAUAACAACAUUAACAAUAACAAUAUUAGCAAUAGCAAAAUGCCCGGAGCCUUUCAAAGUGGUUUCACAAACCAGAAUACGGAAACCGAUUCAAACAUUGCUAGUCUUCCCAUUUGCCAAGACAAUAUGGAAAUAGACGACUCGCCUCCUUUUACUAUUGAGCUGGAUAUAUAUUUUGACCAAACAUUAGAUGCCAAUUCUGUCAUCACCAGCAAUCCAAUACCGAAUCAUGAAUCUGACUCACUACAAAAGAACCGACUAUCCGUAUUUAGUCAAAGUACCGCACAUAGCAACAAUCCAAAUAACCUGCUAAGAAGUCCUGUUCAAUCGCAUGAUUACAAUGGUACGGUGUUUGAUAAUAACUCUAGAGUCUCAUCUUAUCAGAAUGUACAAAGUGCUGCACACCCUCAGGACAACCCAACCGCAUUCACUAACGGACGCAACAUAUACUUUGACAAUAAUGAACGACAACAGAUAAUGGGUGGACGAGUUAGGAACGGUUCCAUUGACUCUUACUAUGCUGCCAAUGUUAUAAAUCAACAUGCAUUGUAUCAGCAACAAGCUCCGCAGCAUUUAACACAAAGUACGAGCCAGCUUCAUCCACAUCCCAACUACCUUACUCAAAAUGGCACCCACGAGUUGUCGCCACUCACAACAACCACAUCCCAUACUCAUUCUAUAUCAUCUUUGCACUCGACACAAGCUUCAUUCUUUUCGGCGCAGCAAUAUAUGACAAGAAGUUCGAUGGAUCAACUGCUACUGCAACAGCAGCAACAGCAACAACAACAACAACAACAACACCGUUCGUCAUCCUCGCUUCAUCGCCCAUCACUGGACUAUGGUCGACAGUCUAUAGAGCUUCAACAACAAACACCACAGCAGCAACAACGAAACGCCAGGUAUUUGAGCUUUACCAACUCCCUUUCCAAUAUGAUUCCAUUUAUGGGAGAUAAAAACCAGCAAAGAUCACCACCUAAUAUUAAGCAGCAAAAUCCACAAACGCAGUCCCUAUUCAAGAAUACUGGAAAUAACAACAACAACAGCAGUAACAACAACAACAACAAUGCUAGUAACGGCACUGUUAACUCUGCCCCUCAGUCGAGACACCUAAUAAGAUCCAUAUUCAAGUCAAAUUACCAACAAGCAGGGGAUGACCAGAGAGAAGAUAAUUUUGCGAAAUUUGAAGGUGGCGAAGAUACGUAUAUGCAAGGUAUGACCGCUUCAAACUUAUCAAACCUUCCACCGGAAAUUACAGUAGGAACUAUGACCCCCAUGAAGGAGGAGAAUGAAUCUGAAGCUGAGAAUGUUAACCAGCAAACACAAGCAAAAAAGAUGAAGCCUCCCAAGCGAAGCCUUUUCACAAGAUUCAAAAGUUCUUCGGUGAAACAAGAAGAUGAAAAACCAUUACUCGAUGAAAAAACUUUUUCACAGGAUGAUUUUGAUAUGCUGGAACAAACACAACCUCAACUGAAUUCAAACCAGGCUUCAAGCGGUACUCCAUCAAUCAUGACAAACCUUUAUAUUGAAAAUUUGGAAAAUUCGGUAUCAGACUCCUCUCAGUCGGGAAUGGGUGCAGGUGCAGGUGCAGGUCUGGGAGCAGGUCUGGGAGUAGUUACUGGCGCAGGCACAGGAUCUGUGGAGCCUGAUUAUGCUGCUCUUUUCGAAAAUGUAGGUAAGCGGAAAGCCACAACUAGCAAUAACAAAAAGUCAAAAGAAAAGGAAAAAUCAAAAAGCAAAGAGGACCAAAAAUCACAACAAGGCUCGUCUUUCUUUUUUGGUGGUGGUAGCAAUGGUGGUCUUAGUAAUAAACAAGAAAAGCUUAACAUUGUCCGCAGCAACUCGUUUGCAGAUAACACGAGCGAGAACUGUGCUAGUCUUACCUCAUCAGAUGGCUCAUCGAUGGUGCAACAUCUUCCAUCCAAUGAUGGAGAUCAAAAUCGAUCAACUGCACCAUCAACUCCGGGUAACUCGACAUUGGCAUCAGCUUCAAAACGAAUUUUGGGAUCGAAACUUAUGCUGAAGAAUAGCGGUGGUGGCAAAAAACUUAACUCAAAGUCGUCGAAGAAACAGAAGGAGCCCGUGUAUGAAGAAGAACCGAUUAUUGCUUCGUUGGACACACCCGUGGCUACCAUGAUUUCAGAAGGCGUCGAAGUGCAAGUUGAUCUUGCUUCUUUAGACUUGCCGCCCGACACAAAGAUUUUUCCUACUUCCAUAAUCAAUUCAAAGAACCGUACUAGAGGCAGAAAAGAAAACAAGGAAGCCGAUAUGCAUGACGAGAGCAAAAUUUUUCUUUGUAACUAUUGUUCAAGAAGGUUCAAGAGACACGAGCAUUUGAAACGGCAUUUUAGAUCCUUGCAUACUUUUGAGAAACCAUAUGAUUGUACAAUUUGCAACAAGAAGUUUAGUAGGUCCGAUAACUUGAACCAGCAUUUAAAAAUACACAAGAUGGAAGAAGAGCAAGCCGCUGGCACUGCCGAGGCAGAAGCAGCAGAUGGAAAUGGUACUACUGGAGGAGGAAGAGAAGAGGUAGAGCGAGAAAACUCUGGUUUUGGUUUUGGUUUUGGGUUUGGUAGCGGGGGUGGUAGUGGUGGUGGUAAUGGCGUAAGUUCGACUAGAUCUGGCGAAGAUAGCAUCAUACAUACAAGCAUCAGCGAGUCAUCUGAUUUUUGA